UAUUGUGUGUGACGCGGCCGCGGGCAGACACGGGCGUGCUGCAAUACUCAGUUCUGUAACCCGCCGAGUGCUGAAUUCCGACAGAAGGAAGAAAAGAAAGAACAUUCAAGAAAAAAAAAGAGAAAGGAAAGAAAACAAGCGUGCUAACUCUCCUUUAUCUACCUCAUGUCAUCGUCAAAUCGUAGUAGACAGUAGUAGUAAUCGUAGCAUUACCAAACUGACACCACCCACAAAAGGCAUAUUUUGAAAAAGAACAAAAAAAUAAUAAAAAAAUAAAUAAAAGUAACACUGAACAAAAUACAGUGCCGAUCAGUGAGUAUAGAAUGAUGACUUAUAGCGCCGAAUAACACAUCCCAAUACAAGCAUCUGUGGUAAAAGUGGGAGAAAAGCGAGUGUGAAAAUAUAAAUAGUGUGAAAAGUUGUGAUUUUGGUGCAAAGCGGGAACAGGUGGUGGUGGUGGUGGUGGUUGAGGAGGAGCGGAGGGUGGUGCAAUAAGGAAGGAAGGAAAGCGAGGGUGAAGCAAGGAAGGAAGGCAAACGGAGAGGGUGUGCCGAGCUCAGACCCUCCCAUGGCAAAGUUUCUGAGAAGAAGCCUGAAGCGGAAGAAAGGUACUGUGACCUUCUUACAUCAUGACCCAGACGAUAUCGAGCUCAACGUGGUUCGCUACAAGCCGGACGGGAUCGACGCCCUGGCGCGAAACACCAAGUUCAGCAAGAAGGAACUGCAGCUCAUGUACCGGGGCUUCAAGGCGGAAUGUCCAAACGGCAUCGUCAGCGAGGACACUUUUAAGGGCAUCUACUCUCAGUUCUUCCCGCAAGGAGACGCGACGGCCUACGCUCACUACGUCUUCAACACCUUCGACACAGACCACCAGGGAUCCAUUAGCUUCGAGGACUUUGUAACCAUCCUGUCGGAGCUCUCCCGGGGCAGCACGACGGAAAAGCUUCGGUGGGCCUUUAAUCUCUACGACAUCAACGGCGACGGUUACAUCACCAAGGAAGAGAUGCUGGACAUCGUCUCUGCCAUCUAUUCCUUAGUGGGUCGCAACGCCAUCCCGGCUGUGGAGGAGAACACUACACAGGAACACGUGGACAGGAUCUUCGAGAAACUGGAUAUCAAUGGUGACGGCAUGGUGACGCUGGAUGAGUUCAUGGAAAUCUGCACCUCAGACGAAACCAUCGCCAACUCGCUCACCAUCCUGGACACGAGUUUCUGACAAGAGGCCCCCAGUUCAGCGCUUCUCGUCCCCGUCACUCAACCGCAGGACCUAAACUGCAACAUGUAGAGACGCGACCCGGGGGCCCCUACCACCCAGAAGGAGGAGCAGCAGGAGCGAGACAGGAGGAAUGGAGAGCAAGGAGGUGGAGAAGGAGGAGGUCGUGGUGGUGGUGGUGGUGGUGAUGGUGGUGUGAUAUCAGUGGCCACAGGAAAAAGUGAGGUCCCCGUAGAGAAGACUGUUCUGGGUGAUGGUGUGGAGAGAGACGGAGGUGGAGGAAGAGGAGGUGGUGGUGGUGGUAGUAGAGGGAGGAGGAAGGGAGUAAGGGUGCGGUGGCAGGAGGGCGUGGUGCAGGAGUUAGAGGAGGAGGAGGAGGAGGAGGAGGAGGAGGAGGAAUUCUUUGAGGACGUGGCGGGGAUGAUGGAGGAGCAGGGACAAGGAGAGUCACCCCCGUCUUACUUCCUCAUGGAGACGCUCAUCUGACCUGCCCUGCCCUGCCCUGCCCUGCUCCCCGCUCACCAGCCCUCCAUCCCCCAGCUUGGGUGACCGCUUACAGCCCCACCCGGCCCCUGCUCCCUCGUGCCCCUGGGUGAUACCGACCCCCCUACUGCUGUUACUACGGCUUUACUGCUGCUGCUUCUACUAUUACUAAUUCUAAUACUUCUACUACUAUUACUACUACUACUUGUUCUGACCUUUUUGUUAUUGCUACUACUGCUACUGCUGCUACUACUACUACUGAUACUACUAUUACUACUACUACUACUACUAUUACUACUGAAUGCUAUUCGCUUUGCAAAUUCAUCUGACAUUAAUAACUUCCGCAAACAAUACAAACUUUACUAUAACUCUAAGCCACUGUAACAGUACACAUUAAUACAACAACAACAACAACAACAACAACAACAACAAAGUUAACAUACACUGAACUUCUACCAAUUAAGACAACAACGUACUUACUGCGUAUCUUACAAUGUACAUUACCAUCAUCAUCAGUUUUAUUGUGGUUUUCAUACAUUCACUUAUAUACUGCUCAUUUCACACAACAACAACCACAACAACAACAACAACAACAUCUGCUACUACUACUAUUUCUAUUACACAAACUACGCAGAACAUACUUUAUUUGGUUUUCUUUCAUCUAAACACUUAAUUCUAGUAUAUCUCCCUUCCUCUCGUCUUUUUCCUAACGUUUAAUCUUUUUCCUUAAUUUCUCCCCUUUUAUUUAUUUAUUUUUUUUCCUUCCAUUGCUGCUAGAGACACGCUUGCCCGCAGAGAAUGUUUCCUUCUGUCAUCUCUCAGUUCUCGCAGUUCCUUCCCUAUGUCCUCACCCAUUUGUAUCGAACCCCGUGCCUCCCCCCACCCCUGCCCGAUCCGCCCUACCCAGUCCAGCCCCGCCCUCCAUCCUUGGCCCAUCUUACCUGUCACCAUCACUCACAAUCAUCCUCUUCACUCAUACUCCAUCACUAGUUAGUUAAGUAAUCUCUCUCUCUCUCUCUCUCUCUCUCUCUCUCUCUCUCUCUCUCUCUCUCUCUCUCUCUCUCUCUCUCUCCACACCGUAACUCUCGUCAGUAAUCUAUGUACGCUACAAAAUGUAAUCUUUUCUUUGAUUUUUCUGUUUAUAUUUUCGUUUGUAUACUGUGCGAAUGAGAGAAAACGGGAGGUGACUGAUGAGGAGAGACAAUGCUAUCAUAUUGUAAAGAUACGUACGUAUAUCUCCUUUUUUAUCCAGACCAUACAUAGGUACAGGUUGCGAGAACGAGGAAAGAACCCCAAAAUAUGAAGCCUGAGACUAACUACGACAAAGGAAAGAUUAUGUGCUGGGAUGAAGAUUUGCAUUUCUUCCACUACAGUACAUGAGAAUGAGAUCGUAUUCUGUAUGACGUAACUACUACUAGUAUAUGCAUAAGUACUAUCUUGUCCAGGGUUGAGGGUUUUGGUAUACAUAUAUCUAGACUCUAGAGGACUUAAAUACCUAUACAUAAUGACAUAUAUCACUAUUUUUAGAGUGUUAGGGUACUAGUGGUGGCAGGCGGUGUUGUGAUGUGUUUACAUGUCAGGGAUGGUGAGUGAGGGUCGCCUGCUUGGUGCCCUAGCAUCGUCCUUCACGUCUCGUCGCCCCUCACCAGCCUCACAACUCUCCCUCGUGUUCUGUCUUAGUUCAGCCACGACGUCGCCAGAAGAAAGAAACGUGUUAAAGAAAAUGGUAUGCAAGGCUCUCGAUGUUCUAUUGUAAGUAGAAAUCUCGUCAAUUUGAGGUCUUUUUGAAGCAGGCAAGACGGCAUGAUCUGUCUGGUGACCUCUGGCAGCUUGACGGGAGCACGGAAACGUGAUCUUUUUUUUUUUCUUUUUCUUUUUAGCUGACAUUGAUGAGAACUUACAUUCUGUCUGUCAGAAACAUAGACAGCUUUAUUAUUUUUUUUAACGCUGUGAAUAUGCUAAAUAUGUAUUGUUUUUUUUAUUUUAUUUGCCUGAUACCUUUUUUUUUCAUAUUCUAUAUAUAGGAAAUACUAACUGUCUUUUACGCUGUGAAUAUGCUAAAGAAUUCCUUGUUUUCGUACCUUUCUCUUUGAUUAAUAAUACUGACAUUUUUUUCUUUCUUUUUUUUUGUCAGUAGAGAAUAGAAGUAUAAAUUAACUUUAUCUAAACGCUGUGAAUACGCCAAUAAUUUGUAUUUGUUUUUUCUCUCUCUUCAUAAAGAUUUCUGGGGAUCUUCCGUCUUCAGCGAACGUAAAAUGACUAUCUUUUUACAUGAUAAAUACGCCAAGAAUUCCCCUUUUGUUUCUGUUUUCUGGGUGUGAAUCAUAUUGGGGAAGUACCAAUGCAAAAGUUAGUUACGUGCGUCGUUAGCGUGGGUCUGCCUCGUUGUGUCGCGUGGGAUUAGAGACGUCCGGUCACUUAUCAUAGUACUACAGACCCAAGAAAUUACCUCAGCAUGUCCAGCUCAAUCUACGAGAGAUAAGGAGCUUGUAAGGUAUCUAAGGCUUAGUGAAUCGAUUUACAGCAUUACGUCAACAAGAUAGAUGGAUUACGCGAAGAUCAACCACUUAAGACACUUGGGAUGUUUAUGGAUUGAUUGACUGGUAGACUGGUAAUUAUGUACUUGUGCAUUUAUCAUAUAUGUGCUUUUUUUUUCUUUCUUUCUGCAUGUGAGGAAAGCUGGCCAGGAGGAAAAAUGGAAAGAGGAAACCUGAUUGCAGUUCCUAAAUGUUCCAGGUAACUAGGAUUUAAAAAUUUACCAGAUCAGUUCCAGAGAUAAUGCGAUAUUCCUACUAUUUUGUUGUAUUCCUAAGAAAGGAAUAUAAAUAUGAAUAAGAAAUAAGAUAAACCAGAAAUAAAUCAGUUCCAGAGUACACUAGUGAAGGUAUUUUGUGGUUACUUUACUUAUCUUAACGAUGUAAUGUAAGGAAAUGCAGACUCAUCUAAACUAAUCCAGAUCAAUCUAACUCACCCAAUUUGUAGCUAAAGUGGCUGAUUUUCACGUGAUGCAGAUGAAUUAUAUUUUGAUGCCGCUUGUUUUUGCGAUAUCCUUUUUCCUGCUAUAGGCCGCCAGACGCCAAAACGGCCGCAGAAGUUGUUUGUUUACAUUGUGAUGUGAGUGACCGUGAAGAAGGCUUCCGUCUUUUCUUCACCGCUUGAACGCGCUUCGUUGCUAUCAUAGUCGCCAAGACAGUGGAAAACGUCCAGUCCCUUGUAGAAACUCCCGAUGCUUUGGCCACUUGUGGAUUUAGUUUUUCCCGUUGAAUGUGCUUCUUCCUACAUGCUGUGUAGCGCGGCGGCGAUGGCGGUGUGGUGAUGGUAGCGCGGUUGUGGUGUGGCAAUGUUAGAGGCGUGGUAAUGGUGGGCGAGUGCUGUUGACGGUUGGCAAUGAUGAUGUGCUUGUGGCGUGAUGAUAAUGAUGGUUACGUAGUGUUGGGAUAACAAUGAAACAAUGAGUUUCUGGAGAUGAAACUUACUUUCUAAUUAGAAAAUAGCAGAUGAAGAGGUAUGACUGAGCAGUAAUUUGUUUUGUGUAAGUGACGGAUGAGGAAUAGAGGCGGAGGGUCAAUUCUUGACGACAGAAAAUGUUGUCGUGCUGAACGUGAAGGUAUGAGAGAGAUGACAAGAUAACGGUCGGCAGAUUGUAUGUGUGAAGAAGCGAGAAAGGAGAGCAUUAGAAUAAGACCAGGCGCAGUAGGAAACACUUUUGAGUGAAGCAAGCAAGGAGAGUGUUAGAAUGAACAGAUGUAGCAUAAAACACGUGUUAGAGAAGCAAAGUACUAAUGGGAAUAGAAAAUAUUUGAAGGUUCAAACAAAAGGAAACAGGUUUAAGUGAAGGAAGUCUGAAGGGUACUUGUGUGAAAAGAAACGUUAAAUGGCUCCCGAAAUGUAGCAGGAAACACGACUAGAGCAAGUUUUACUCAGCCAGCCAGCCAGCUAGCCGCCAUCCCCCCGUGAGUACCUUAGUGAGCCGUGCUUCGUCAUACUGCAGUGUCGUUAUUAUCAUUUCCAAAACGUAGUCCGUGUUUGGUGUUGAGUAAUAGCUACGGAAAGGCCGUCGUGGGUUCAUCUCGAUGGCUUCCUUAGUGCGAAUCAAAGAUAUUUUAUGGAUUUCCACCAGGGGAAGGAAAUCACCAAGAGUAAGUGGUCGUGAGAGAGAAGGAAUCAAGCAGCAGAUGUUUACUUCAUAUCUAUUUUUGGAAGACAUUUGAGACGCCCUCUUCCCGUGCUGUCCUUUCCUCUCCCACGGCCACAAAUUGCAGUAUUAAAGGUGUGCUCUUUCCAUCCUUCUCCUUUUUAACUCAUCCUUCGUAGCCUCAUGAGUAGGAAAAAAAUGUCCUCGUGCGUGUUCGCGUUUCGGACAUUCACCGCGCGAGGCCUUGGAUGCUUCACCCUUGGACCAAGAAGCUUCACUCUAAGGCUUCGUAAAGCUUCGGGGCCUCUUGUCUGGCUUCUGGACCAGUAUCUUAUAAAACACUAGUCAGCUUUAGAGAAGAGGUCGUAAUUGCCUUCAGUUUUCUACGGUGGGGAAAUUGGAAAAUUAAAUCUUGAUUGUUCGCCGUUAAUGCGAGGAAAAAAGGUCGGUGAUGCGUUAUAAAUCCUCGUUAUACUAAGCAAAUAUCAAACUUGUGCAAUAUUACAGUCUACAGUAUUUCUGUCACUGUCUGGACAUGCGGAUUGCCAUAGCAUUAAUCUAUCAGCCACAGCAUUACCAUUAAAUCAUUCCUCACAGAUAUCAUAAUUAAGAACAUGACAAAUUCAUAAACAAAUUGGUCCUGUAGAUCAUGGCCUUGAAGAGGUCACAGAGAACUGGCAAUAAUCAUAAAAAAAUAUCACCAAGAACUUGCAACAUAAACACACAGACACUUCAAGCGUGAUGUUGAAUUUAAUAUUAAUCUUUGAAGUGAAUGUUAAUAUAAAUUAUAUGGGCAUGUACAACAUUAAAACAUUAGGUGCGUGCAAUAUUAUCUGGAAGUGGAUCACUAUACAAACUCAAGGAAAGCAAAAUGCAACACUUCGCCGACAAACUGCUACUUGGAAUGAGGGUACGUAAAUUUUUUCCUACACCUGGGCACGCCGGAGCGAGUGUUGCAUUUCAUAACCUGAAAUAUUUUUCCCCUUGGAUGAAUUCGGAAAUGCGUAUGGAAACUCUAGGCAAUUGGUUGACUUGCAUAUUAUACAUACAUGCAUACAUACUUGUGUGAGCUAUUUAUGUACAUAGGCUAGUGUUCAGUGAUGGGGAUUCAUUCAUAAUUACCACUUUGUAUUUAUUGGUUAAUAGAUUUAUUUGUUUCGCCCAGAACGAAGGAUGACGCACCUUGCCUUACUCGUCCACAAGUCAAAAAUAAACAGAGUUCGUAUAUAGAGUUCAAAAUUAUUGUUGAAAAUAUAAAUAUAUAAGCUCCAUUUUAAUGAACGAUGAAAUUCAUAAUCAUUGAUGGAAAAGAAAGACAAAUAUAUAAGAAUACUAUUCACUAAUGAUAAAAUCAGUCAUAUUAUAUAUGUAAUGAGCAAAUAGUUUAUAUUCACGUUACCUGAAGAUGAAAAUAACAGGUCUAUUGGGAAAAAUGCAGACAGAUAAGAUCGAUGACACAAAAGUCCAGCCACUGACACCUUGAGGUAACACGAGAAACACUGCGGCUCAGUUUCCGUGUAUCGUCUGUGCUUCACAAGAAAAGGUUUGAGAUACUCAAAUGACUCACUAUUCGGGCCGAGCAGGAGGUGUUUCUCAUCAUCUCUUAUCCUCACAAAUUGAAUCCUACAGAGAGGACAAGAGUGUCUUGAUGAUGCUACCUAAUUUCUGAAACAAUCACGUGUGGAAAGGAAGUAACAAAAUAAGUAAUAUAGUGAGGAAUUACAUACAAAAAAAGAAAGGAAAAAU